AUGUUUCUACAAUUGUUCAAAGUUUGGAUAGGAGUUUUUUCCGUUUCCUUUCUUUUUCUUCCAAUUUUGUUGGUGCUGGAUUGGAGGAAAAGAGGAACCGCUGAGGGAUUCAGUUCCGUCGUCUUGAUCAUUCCUAUGAUCAUUCAAGCUUUCUGGCUCCGCCUCGGUUGGAUGACCAACGACACCACUCAGAUCCUAAUCAACUCCAUGAACGUAUCGGUUCUCAGUUGUUACAUUGCCGCUUACGCUUACUAUCAACCUAAAAGAAGACACUUGAAAGCCGCUGGAAACGCGAAGCUGUGGUGUUUCGAUUGGACAACAACAAAAAAUGACAUUUUCUGUUCAAUGUAA